GAAUUUCAAAGCCACCCCACCCAGUUCUGCUCCCCCACAUCCUUGAGAAGAUUCUCAUCCCCCACUGGCCACACGAGUGUGCUCGGCGGGAGCAGACGCAGGUGGAGGAGCUCCUUGAAACCGGCAGGGUAAACAGGGUGGGCACUGCUUCACUGAGUGUCCUCGGGCGGGGUGCCAGCACCCACAGCUGCUCUAUAAAGGCUCCCUGCCUGGAGCCCUGGGGUGGCAGCCGCUUCCACUCCUUCGUCCCCGGAGGGGCCCAGAAAAAUGGCCUUGGCCCUGCGGGUCUUCAGUCUGCUGGGCUCAGCCUGCUUGGUGUCUGCCAACAUCUUCGAAUAUCAGGUGGAUGCUCAGCCCCUCCGUCCCUGUGAGCUACAGAGAGAAAGUGCCUUUCUGAAGCAGGCGGACUAUGUUCCUCAGUGUGCAGAGGAUGGAAGCUUCCAGUCUGUUCAGUGCACCAAUGACGGCCUCUCCUGCUGGUGUGUGGACACCGACGGCAGGGAAUUGCCUGGCAGCCGGCAGCCUGGGUGGCCUGCAGCAUGUCUGUCCUUCUGCCAGCUGCACAGGCAGCAAAUCUUGCUGAGCGGCUAUAUUAACAGCACAGCCACAUCCUACCUCCCUCAGUGUCAGGAGUCGGGGGAUUACGAGCCCGCGCAGUGUGACCUGCAGCGGGAGCAGUGCUGGUGUGUGGAUGCCGACGGGAUGGAGGUGUAUGGGACCCGCCAGCUGGGGAGGCCAGUGCGAUGUCCGAGGAGCUGUGAGAUAAGAAACCGCCGUCUUCUCCAUGGCGUGGGAGACAAGUCGCCACCCCAGUGUUCUCCAGAUGGAGGGUUUAUGCCCGUGCAGUGCAAGUUCGUCAACACAACAGACAGGAUGAUUUUCGACCUGGUCCACAGCUACAACAGAUUUCCAGAUGCAUUUGUGACCUUCAGUGCCUUCCGGAGCAGGUUCCCAGAGGUGUCUGGGUAUUGUCACUGUGCUGACAGUCUAGGGCGGGAACUGGCUGAGACAGGUUUGGAGCUGUUACUUGAUGAAAUUUAUGACACCAUUUUUGCUGGCCUGGACCUCGCUUCCACCUUCACUGACACCGCCCUGUACCGGAUAUUGCAGAGACGGUUCCUAGCAGUUCUACUAGUCAUCUCUGGCAGAUUCCGAUGCCCCACCAAGUGUGAAGUGGAGCGGUUUACAGCAACCAGGUUUGGUCACCCCUUUAUUCCGAGCUGCCACCGAAAUGGGGACUACCAGGCCAUGCAGUGCCACAAGGAAGGGCUGUGCUGGUGUGUGGACACCCGAGGAAAGGAGAUUCACGGGACUCGGCAGAAAGGGGAGCCGCCAUCCUGUGCUGAAGACCGAUCCUGCGCCUCAGAGAGGAGACGGGCCUUGUCUAGACUCCACUUCGGGCCCUCGGGUUACUUCAGCCAGCGCAGCUUGUUCCUGGCUCCCCAGGGAACACAGGUCUCUCAGAGAGCAGCCAGAGCUGCCACCUCCUGCCCUCCUUGGAUCAAGGAGCUCUUUGUGGGCUCCGGGAUUCUCCGCCCAUUGGUAGAGUGGCAGGGUGAACGCUUGGCCUCCCCAGAGAGUCUCCUCAAAGAAGCCAUCGGAGUGAUUUUUCCCUCCCGGGAGCUGGCUCGUCUUGCCCUUCAGGCUACCGCCAACCCAGAGCGACUCCAGCAAAACCUCUUUGGAGGGAAGUUUUUGGUGAAUGUUGGCCAGUUUAACUUGUCUGGAGUCCUUGGCACAAGAGGCACCUUUAACUUCAGUCAAUUUUUCCAACAAUUUGGUCUCCCAGGCUUCCAGAAUGCAGGGGAAUUAAGAGAUCUAAUUAAGCCCCUCCCAGUGGGAUUGGAUUUAAAUCCUGCCCCGGAAAUCCCCAAAGCCUCUAAGAAGGUUGUUGCUAUGAAUAAGCCAAUUGUGGGCAGCUUUGGAUUUGAAGUCAAUUUACAAGAUAACCAAAAUGCCCUGGAAGUUCUUGCUUCUCUCCUGGAGCUUCCAGAAUUCCUUCUCUUCUUGCAGCAUGCUAUUUCUGUGCCAGAAGACAUAGCAAGGGAUUUGGGUGACGUGAUAGAAAUGGCAUUCAGCUCCCAGGGCUGCGAGCAGGCACCUGGCAACCUGUUUGUCCCCUCGUGUUCAGCAGAAGGAAGCUAUGAGGAUGUCCAGUGCUUUGCUGGGGACUGCUGGUGUGUGGACUCCCGGGGCAAAGAACUUCCCAGCUCCAGGGUUAGAGGUAGACGGCCACAGUGCCCCACAGAAUGUGAAAAGCAAAGGGCUCGCAUGCAAAGCCUCUCAAGUAGCCAGCCCGCUGGGUCCAGCCUGUUUGUCCCUUCUUGUUCCAGUGAGGGGCAUUUCCUACCCGUCCAGUGCUUCAACUCAGAGUGCUACUGUGUUGAUGCUGAGGGUCAGGCUAUUCCUGGAACUCGAAGCUUCCUUGGAGAACCCAAGCAAUGCCCCACACCCUGUCAGCUGCAGGCUGAGCAAGCCUUCCUUGAGACAAUGCGGGCCUUCACCUCUAAUUCCAGUCUGGCACCCUCCCUCUCCAGCAUCUACAUUCCACAGUGCAGUGCCAAUGGGCAGUGGAGACAUGUGCAAUGCGACGGGCCCCCCGAGCAGGCCUUCGAGUGGUAUGAACGAUGGAGGUCUCAGAACAGUGGUGGCCAGGAGCUGACCCCUGCCGAGCUGCUGAUGAAGGUCAUGGGCUACAGAGAAACAGCUUCCAGAAACUUCCAUCUCUUUAUUCAAAGUCUGUAUGAGGCUGGCCAACAAGACAUCUUCCCAGGACUGGCAAGAUACCCUUCUCUCCAAGAUGUCCCACAGGCAGUGUUGGCAGGAAACCUAACCCAGCCUGGGGGGAACAUCUUCCUAGAGCCCUACCUCUUUUGGCAGAUCCUAAAUGGCCAGCUUAGUCGAUACCCAGGGCCCUAUUCAGAUUUUAGCACCCCUUUGGCACACCUCGACCUUCGGAGGUGCUGGUGUGUGGAUGAGGCUGGUCAAGAACUGGAACGGACCCGGACCGAGCCAAGCAAGGUUCCAGCAUGUCCUGGCUCUUGUGAGGAAGUGCAGCUUCGCGUCUUGCAGUUCAUUAAGGAAACAGAAGAGAUUGUCCUGGCUUCCAACAGUUCUUGGUUCUCUCUGGGAGAGAGUUUCCUAGCAGCCAAAGGAAUCCAGCUGACCAAUGAGGAGCUCACCCUUCCUCAACUUUCCCCGUCCCGGGAGGCUUUCUCAGAGAAGUUUCUGAGCGGGGGCGAUGACGCCAUUCGUUUGGCAGCUCAGUCUACCUUCGACUUCUAUCAGAGACGUGUUCGCUUCCUUCAGGGUGAUUCAGCACCAGCUACUGGAGCAGCCCUUCUGUGGUCCGGCCCCUACGUGCCGCAAUGUGAUGCACUGGGAGGUUGGGAGCCCAGGCAGUGCCAUGCCAGGACUGGACACUGCUGGUGUGUGGACAGGAGUGGAGAGUACGUCCCUGGCUCGCUGACUGCCCGCUCCGCACAGGUCCCCCAGUGCCCCACCGCCUGUGAGAAAUCUCGAGCCAAUGGGCUGCUUUCCAACUGGAAACAGGCUGGAUCCCAAGGAAAUCCAUCUCCAAAAGACUUGUUCAUCCCAACCUGCACAGAGACAGGAGAGUUUGCCCGGCUGCAGGUGUCGGAGGCUGGCAUGUGGUGUGUGGACCCGGUCUCAGGAGAGGGCAUGCCACCUGGUACAAACGGCAGCACCCAGUGCCCAAGCCUCUGUGAAGCGCUCCAGAGUGGAGUCCUCCCCAGAAGAGCUAGCCCAGGCUACACCCCAGCCUGCAGGGCAGAGGACGGCGGCUUUUCCCCGGAGCAAUGUGACCUGGCCCAGGGCAGCUGCUGGUGUGUUCUGGACGGCGGAGAGGAGGUGCCUGGGACCCGUGUGGCUGGGAGCCAGCCAGCCUGUGAGAGCCCACAGUGCCCCCUGCCAUUCCGUGUGCCAGAUGUGGCUGGUGGAGUGAUCCUGUGCGAGCGAGCAUCGGGCCCAGGUGGGGCAGCCGUCCAGCAGUGCCAGCUGCGGUGCCACCAGGGUCACUGGAGCGCCUUCUUGCCUGGGCCGCUGGUGUGCAGCCUCAGGACUAGACGCUGGGAGUCACAGGCGCCUCAGCCCUGGGCCUGCCAGAGGCUCCAGCCAUGGCAGACCCUCCAGACCCAAGGACAGUUCCAGCUCCAGCUCCCACCCGGCAAGAUGUGCAGUGCAGACUAUGCGGGCUUGCUGCCGGCUUUCCAGGUCUUCAUACUGGACGAGCUCAUGGCCCGUGGCUUCUGCCAGAUCCAGGUGAAGACUUUUGGGACCCCCAUAUCCAUUCCUGUCUGCAAUGACUCCACGGUGCAGGUGGAGUGUCUGACCAGGGAAAGUUUAAGAGUGAAUGUCACAUGGAAAUUGCGGCUGCAGGAUGUCCCACCAGACUCUCUUCCUGAUUUGCUCAACGUUGAGGAGGCCUUAGUGGGCAAAGAGCUCAUUGGACGCUUCAUAGAGCUGAUCCAAAGUGGACUGUUCCAACUUCAUCUGGAUUCUAAGACGUUCCCAGCGGACACCUCCAUCAGCUUCCUUCAAGGGGAUAGCUUUGGCACCUCUCCUAGGACAUGGUUUGGGUGCUUGGAAGGAUUCCACCGAGUGUCAACCACCAGCAAUGCCAGUCAGGACCCACUGGGCUGUGUUAAGUGUCCGGAAGGAAGCUAUUUUCAGGAUGAACUAUGUAUUCCCUGUCCUGUUGGAUUCUACCAAGAACAGGCAGGUAGCUUGUCCUGCGUCCCUUGUCCUGUGGGCAGGACCACCAUUUCCAUGGGAGCUUUCAGCCGGACUCACUGUGUCACGGACUGUCAGAGGAAUGAGGCGGGCCUUCAGUGUGACCAGGACGGCCAGUACCGAGCCAGCCAGAGGGCUGCAGGCAGUGGGAAGGCCUUCUGUGUGGACGGCACGGGGCGGAGGCUGCUGUGGUCGGAGACAGAGGCCCUGCUGACCGACUCCGAGUGUCUGAUGAUACAGAAAUUCGAGAAGGCUCCAGAAUCGAAGGUGGUCUUCAAUGCCAACGUUGCUGUGGUGGUCAGGUCCAAAGUCCCUGGUAACGAGUCUCCGCUCAUGCAGUGCUUGGCAGACUGUGCAUUGGACGAGGCCUGCAGCUUCCUCACAGUGUCCACGGUGGGAUCAGAAGUCUCCUGUGAUUUUUAUGCUUGGACAAGUGACAACUUUGCCUGCACAACUUCUGGUCAGGAUCAAGACAUGCUGGGGAACUCGAAGGCCACUGGCUUUGGGGGUCUUAGAUGCCAGGUGAAAGUGAGGAGUCAGGGCUCCCUGGAUGUAUACUUGAAAAAGGGCCAAGAAUUCACCACAACAAGCCAGAAAAGCUUUGAGAAAACUGGUUUCCAAAAUGUGCUCUCCGGAAUGUACAGCUCUGUCGUGUUCUCAGCCCCAGGAGAUGAUCUGACUGACGUUCAUCUCUUCUGUCUUCUUGCUUGUGACCGUGAUUCCUGCUGUGAUGGAUUCAUCCUUGUGCAGGUCCAAGGAGGUCCCAUCAUCUGUGGGUUGCUGAGCUCCCCUGAUGUCCUGCUUUGCAAUAUCAAUGACUGGAGGGAUCCCUCUGAAGCCCCGCCUAACGCUACAUGUCCUGGUGUGAUAUAUGACCAGGGGAGCCGCCAGACGACGUUGCAUCUGGGAGGCCAGGAGUUCAAGGGCCUGACACCCCAGGAGGAGGGAACUCAGGACACCAUUACCAGCUUCCAGCAGGUUUAUCUCUGGAAAGGCUCUGACAUGGGGUCUCGGUCUGAGUCCCUUGGAUGUAGAAGAGACGUGGAACCAAGGCCAGCGCCUCCAACAGAAACAGAUUUGAGAACAGAGCUUUUCUCCCGUGUGGACCUUAACCAGGUCAUUGUCAAUGGAAGCCAGUCCCUGCCCAGCCAGCAGCACUGGCUUUUCAAACACCUAUUUUCACCUCAGCAGGCAAACCUGUGGUGCCUGUCUAGCUGUGUCCAGAAGCCCUCUUUCUGUCAGCUGGCAGAGAUAGCAGACACUGCACCCUUGUACUUCACCUGCACCCUCUACCCAGAGGCCCAGGUGUGUGACGAUGCCAUGGAGUCCAGUCCCAAGGGCUGCAGACUGAUCCUGCCCCACAGGCCAAAGGCCCUGUUCCGGAAGAAAAUUGUCCUGAAAGAUAGAGUGAAUAACUUUUAUACUCGCCUGCCAUUCCAAAAACUGACGGGGAUUUCCAUUAGACGUAAAGUGCCAAUGUCGGAAAAAUCCAUUUCCAAUGGCUUCUUUGCAUGUGAGCGACUGUGUGAUGUGGACCCAUGCUGCACCGGCUUUGGCUUUCUGAAUGUUUCCCAGCUGAAAGGAGGAGAGGUAACGUGCCUGACUCUGAACAGCUUGGGGCUGCAGACAUGUACUGAGGAAAAUGGAGGCGCCUGGCGCAUUUUGGACUGUGGCUCCCCUGACACUGAGGUCCGCACCUAUCCCUUUGGAUGGUACCAGAAACCUGUUGCUCAGCAUGAUGCUCCCAGUUUUUGCCCUUCGGUGGUUCUGCCAUCGCCCGCAGAGACAGUCUCUCUGGAUGUGUGGCAGUCCCUGCCCCUCUCUUCAGUAGUUGUUGAUCCAUCCAUCAGGAACUUCGAUGUUGCCCACAUCAGCACGGCUACCACCAGCAACUUCUCUGCUGCCAGAGACCUCUGUUUGUUAGAGUGUUCCCGUCACCAGGCCUGCCUUGUCACCACUCUGCAGACUCGACCGGGGGCUGUGAGGUGUAUGUUCUAUGCUGAUACCCAGACCUGCACACAUAGCCUGCAGGCCCAGAACUGCCAACUUCUGCUCCGAGAAGAGGCCACCCUCAUCUACUGGAAGCUAAACAUCCCUCGGCUCGGUUUUGGGACAUCUGUACCUUCUGUGACCAUUGCCGCCCACGGCCAGCUGGUGGGUAGGUCCCAGGCCGUCCAAGUGGGCACUUCAUGGAGGCAAGUGGACCAGUUCCUGGGAAUUCCGUAUGCCUCGCCACCUCUGUCGGAGAGCCGCUUCCGGGCACCAGAGCCUGUGAACUGGACCGGGUCCUGGGAUGCCACCAUGCCACGGGCCAGCUGCUGGCAGCCAGGUGCCAGAAAGCCCACAUCUCCAAGAAUCAGCGAAGAUUGCUUGUAUCUCAACGUGUUUGUCCCUCAGAACCUGGCCCCCAACGCAUCCGUGCUGGUAUUCUUCCACAACACCCUGGAGGGCAGCGGGAGUGGAGAGCAGCUGGCUGUUGAUGGCUCCUUCCUGGCUGCUGUUGGCAGCCUCAUCACGGUCACUGCCAGCUACCGAGUGGGUGCCUUCGGCUUCCUGAGUUCUGGCUCCAGCAAGGUGAGUGGCAACUGGGGACUACUGGACCAGGUGGCAACCCUGACCUGGGUGCAGACCCACAUCGCAGUGUUCGGUGGGGACCCUCAGCGCGUGGCCCUGGCAGCAGACCGUGGCGGAGCCGAUGUGGCCAGCAUCCACCUUCUAACCACCAGGGCUGCUGACUCCAGACUCUUCCGGAGAGCCGUACUGAUGGGCGGCUCCUCCUUCUCCCCAGCCGCUGUCAUCAGCCAGGAGAGGGCUCGGCAGCAGGCAGCUGCUUUGGCAAAGGAAGUUGGCUGCUCGACCUCGUCCAUCCAAGAAAUGGUGUUCUGCCUCCGCCAGAAGCCCGCCAACAUCCUCAAUGAUGCCCAGACCAAGCUCCUGGCUGUGAGUGGCCCUUUCCACUACUGGGGUCCUGUGGUCGAUGGCCAGUACCUCCGAGAGGCUCCAGCCAGAGCGCAUCAGAGAUCUCCCCGGGCAAAGGUUGACCUGCUCAUCGGGAGCUCUCAGGACGAUGGACUCAUCAACAGAGCGAAGGCUGUGAAGCAAUUUGAGGAAAGUCAAGGCCGGACCAGUAGCAAAACCGCCUUCUACCAGGCGCUGCAGAAUUCUCUGGGCGGUGAGGGUGCCGACGCCGGAGUCCAGGCUGCUGCUACGUGGUACUACUCCCUGGAGCACACCACCGACGACUACGCCUCCUUCUCCCGGGCUCUGGAGAAUGCCACCCGGGACUACUUUAUCACCUGCCCCGUGAUCAACAUGGCCAACCAUUGGGCAAGGAGGGCCCGAGGAAAUGUCUUCAUGUACCAUGUUCCCGAAAGCUAUGGCCACAGCAGCCUGGAAUUGCUGCCAGAUGUUCAGUAUGCCUUUGGGCUUCCUUUCCAACCUGCCUACAAGGGGCAGUUUACUCUGGAAGAGAAAAGUUUGUCACUGAAAAUCAUGCAGUACUUUUCCAACUUCCUCCGGUCUGGAAAUCCCAACUACCCUCAUGAGUUCUCAAGGAAAGCACCUGAAUUUGCAGCCCCCUGGCCUGACUUUGUCCCCCAUGUUGGUGGAGAGCGCUACAAGGAGUUCAGUGCCCUGCUCCCCAAUCGACAGGGCCUGAAGAGGGCCGACUGCUCCUUCUGGUCCAAGUACAUCCAGUCUCUGAAGGCGCCGGCAGAUGACGCUGAGGACCUGCUGUCAGCAGGGCGUGAGGAGGAGGAGAGGCCAGCCGCCUCUGGGCUGAGAGAAGACCUCCCGCAUCCCCCGGAGCCAGGCUCUGAGAGCUACAGCAAGUGACCAGCCCCUGAGACCUCCGCCGCCUUGCCGACCCCACCCCAGCCUGCCACCCUGGGCACCUUAUUCGCUAAAAUACCCACUAACUUUCAAUAAAGUAUCUACAUUCAGUAAAGUGAAA